CUUGUCCUCUUUUUCAAUUGUAACGAGUCUGUUGCGAGAGACCGCUAUCUGACCCGGAAAUUGGAGGGGAGAUUGACCGACAACAACGAGAUGUUUCAACGCCGAUACAACGAGUUCACGCUCUUGAAUCGUGCUGUGUUGGAGUAUUAUUCGGGGCUCGGGGUACUUGUUACUAUUGACACGAAUGUGGAAACGACUAUAAGUUAUCAACGACUCGUGGCGGCUUUGAAGCUUGAUAAUGAACGACGAGAGAGUCACUAG